AUGGAUACCGAAGCUGACUUUGGCGACAAUGCGCUCGGUGGUCAGAUCCAAAUGCGACGCCGUACCAACAGCUCCACGGACGACUACUCGGUGCAGAAGACCAACGACGACGCCACCCAGUGCAAGUACGCCGCCGUUCAGCUUCACUACUUCGAGGACCCGUUCCUGUCUCGAUUCUACACUCCAUCUAUCGAUACGCCUCUUCGUCGCGACCCCGAGAUUUCCAUCGGCUACUGGGCCCGCGUGGCGGCAAUGCACAAAUACGUCACCGAAUUCCUUGCCGCGCAUCCCGACGGCCAAAUUCUGAACCUGGGAUGUGGCUUCGACACGCUGUUCUGGCGCCUGAAAAGUGCGGGCACUCCGUUCAAGAAAGUUGUCGAAAUCGACUUUUCCUCGGUGACCGCGAGGAAGAUGCGUCAAAUUUUGAAGCCAGGAAAGCCGGAUGUCGUUGGACUAUUUUCUGAGACGCCGCGCGAAGUGCAACACUGUGAUCUACACUGCGGCGAUUAUCAUCUGAUUGGUGCCGAUAUCCGGCAAUGGAAGGAAUUGGAGGAAAAGUUGGAAACAACCGGCGUUGAUGCGAAAUUGCCAACCCUGGUAUUGGCUGAAUGCGUGCUUGUCUACAUGGGCGAAACGGAGUCGCACACGCUACUGAAGAACCUUGCUGCAAUGUUCAGUACUAUUACAUUCGUCAACUAUGAACAACUUAACACAAACGAUUCGUUCGGGAAAAUUAUGGAGGAGAAUCUGCUGCGGAGAGGUUUAAUUUUGCCCGGGCUUUCCGCCUGUGAAACCCCGGAGAAACAGGCGGCAAGGUUCAUAGAAGCUGGAUUCACAAACGUCAAGGUUUUCGACAUGCACACGAUCUAUACGACGAUGCUCGAUAGCGAGGAAAGAAAGCGCAUCGAAGCUAUUCAACACCUUGACGAAAUGGAGCUGCUGCGACAACUCCUCGAGCAUUACGGAAUCGUGAUCGCCACUUCA